AUGUCAAUAUUCAAGCCACGUACUAUUGUUAAACAAUCAAGUACUUUACCUACAGCGACUAUUCAUGAACUUACAAAGAACCAACAUUAUUGUGUAUCAAAAUUACCAGCAUUACCUUCAGUGUUCAAAUCUCAAGCUGAUUCAUUCACUAAUGCUUACUCAGAUUCAGAAUCAAACUAUUCAUUAGUGAUUAAUGAAGAUUCAAUAUUUGUUUGGUGUUACAAAUCUACUGACGCAACUCCAUUAUCUAUUGAAUUCCCAAUUGAUAAAUCUAUAUUUCAAUUACCAAUGGCGAUUUUGACAAGACCAUCAAGCGGUACUGGCCAAGACCCAGGAUUAGUUAUAUUAGAUUCUGUAUCAGGAUUAAUAAAGUUUUAUGAAAGUGUACAACAUGCCCCUACAUUGGGAUUGAUUAAUGAUAAAUCAUUGGAAAUAGAUAUUCCCUUGAAAAAAGAUGAAUACAUAACUUUAGCAGAAAACGUUGAACCAGCAGGAAUAGUGAUUGCCACUUCUUUACAAAGAUGUAUUUUAAUUUCUCUUAGGGAUUUCAAAAGUAAACCACAAUUAGGGUACAUGGAAUUAUUAAAUAAUGAAGGUUUUUUACAAAGGUUUUUCAAACCAGAAACUAAUGAAAUCGUGGCAAUUAGAUCAGGGAAAAUUACCAACCACGGAACAAUUCAAGAAAUACUUGUAUUGGAUUCUUCUGGUAAUUUUUAUUUAUAUAACUAUAAUUUGUUUUCAGCAACUGCUUCUCCUUAUGUCGAUAAGAAAAAAUCAUUCAGACAAUGUAUCCGGGUUGAAUUUGAUGCAUACCCAGGAUCUAAUCAGUUUGCUACAUUUUUAGAUAUUUGGCCCGUUGAUGAUAUUUAUUUGGCUCUCUGUCAAAUAGAGCAAAGCUUAUAUUUGGUGACUUUAAGAAUCGAUAAAUCAGGGGCAUUACCGUUCGGGUCCCACAAGUUGAAAACAGCCAACUUCCCAUCUUCCAAACCAAAACUUUAUUUGCCUAAACCGGGCAAGACAGCAUUUGUCAUCAUUGACAAUUCUGUAAUACUCACCGAUUUGAAUACUUCAUAUAUCGAAUCCAAAAAUACUUUGACGUAUUAUAAACCAAGAUGGGAGGAUGUUGUCAGAUUCAAAUCUUCGGUUGAAUUUGUUGGUAGUGGAUUUGAAAAUCAAUCCCCCAAUUCCAACCCAGCAGUGAUUUUGAUAAGUAAAAAUUUUGGUGUUGUUAGAAUUGAGAAAUUCCCUGAAUCUCAAACUGAUACAGCCAUUGAACCAUUGGCUAUUGUCAGGUCUCAUAUCGAACAAGCAAUCUUUUAUUCUGAUGUUCAUGAAAUAGAUUUUGAUUUAUCCCAAAGAUUUGGAAAAGAUGUUAUCCAAAGGGCCAUUGAAACUAUUAUUGAAGAGAUAUUAACCUCGACUUCAUCAUAUUUCCCUAAAACUUUACCGUCAAUAUCAGAUUUGACAAAUUUGAAAGUUAAACUAUACAGAAAACUUAUUGAAUAUGUAAAGAGAAAUUUCGACAUCUCAAUAAUUCCGCAAAUUGUGGAGAAUCUAGAAAAAACUGAUGUUGCUCAUCAAAUGUGGACUAUAGUUGACGCUAACCAAGAGAUGAAAACCGUGUUAGAGACUCAAUUGGGUGACAUAAGAGAAUUUUUCACUCAUAACGUUGCUGACAUAAAUCCAGUGCUUACAAAAUUUAUUGAGAAUUUGGUGGAGAAAGAUUUACCAACAGUUCCAUUGGUAGUAAAAACAUUAUACAAUGGAGUAUAUUUAAAUGAAGUUGAGUACGUGACCCAAAUUUCAAAAUCAUGGGUAUUCACAACAAAUUUAAUUAUCAGAGCAGAAGAAAUUUUCACUCGUAAUUUUGUUGAAUCUGAAGGUGACCCUAUAGUAGCUUAUCAUUUGGUGCAAGUCUUGUAUUAUUUUGUGAAUAGUGCAAUUGCUUAUAUGAGAUUAACACCAGAAAAUAAGGCCCAUCUUCAAGAUUAUCAGAUUUGGUAUAAUAAUCGUAAGCAGUAUUGGAUUGGAGUGUUAUUAAAAGCUGGCCUUGAAAAAGAAGCCACAGAAAUUGCCGAAAAAUACCAUGAUUUUGCUUCUUUAGCAAGAAUUUUAGAUAUACACCAAGAAGAAACCAAUUCAACUGAUCAAUCAAACUAUAGUAAAUAUUUUGAAGAGUAUGGUUACAGUUUCGCCAGUUGUGUUUAUGAUUAUUAUUUAGAGAAGAACAAGAUUCAGGAAUUACUAUUAUCUUUCACAAAUUAUAAACACUUUCUUUUGCAAUAUUUUAAAGAAAACCCCAAGAAAACAGCUAAUGUAUCAUGGAUCAGAUAUUUAUUGGAUACUGAGUUUGCAGAAGCAUCGAAUUCUUUAAUUGUGGCAGCUGAAGAGAACGACAGUUUAGACAAUCAACACAUCAAAUACUCACUUGCCAAACUAUCUUCUGUUGCAUCUGGGAACGGCGACAAUUUGAAAGAUAUCAACCAUGAAUUGUUAAUCAUUAAAUAUCAAAAAAUUAUCAAACAUCUGACUGCAGACAAUGGUAGAAUAGAGGCCAUUAAAAAACCAACAUUUACAAAGAAUUUUGUCAACCAAGAAAUAGACAAACAAUUUAUUGAACCAAUUGUUGAUAUUUAUUUCGAUAGAUUUGUCGGUGGAUUUGAAUUAAAUAACAGUGAAAUUAUCAAUUUAUUGACUACAGUAAAACCAUCAAUUUCAAACAAAUCUGGAUUCUCGUAUGCCUUUAAAAUUGCUGAAUCAAUCUACAAUAAAAGUAUAGCUAAUUACUAUUCUAGUAUGGUAUUAGUGCGUUUAUUAGUUUUGGGUGAUGAAAAAUUAUAUCAAGUGAAUGACAAUGAUAAAACCACUAAAAGAAAAGCUAAAGAGUCAGCUUUAUAUAAAACUUUGAAACAGAAUCCAGGUGCUAUUUCUAAACUUGAUCAAUUAUUAAAUAAUCCGGAAAUAAAUAAUGCUGAGUAUGAGGAUAGCAUUACUAUCAAGGAAUUCAACGAGUCAUUGUUAAGUCAAUUAACAAAACAGCUUGGAAAUGCUAAAUUCAAGUCCUGGGUUGAAGCAGUGAAAGAACAAGCCAGAAUUUAG